AUGCUAACUGCACUUCUUGCUUAUGCAGCUAAAAAAAAUAUACCUGUUGUUCAAACAGCUGCAAAAUCAUAUUCAGAAGAUGGUAAUUUGUACCAUAUCUCUCAUGAAAGUGGUUUACUUGAAGACCCUGGAUGCACCCCACCAAAAGAUAUGUGGAGUAUGACUGUUGAUCCAGAGGAAGCUCCUAAUACACCUGAACAUAUUAAAAGCAAUUCGCUAGAUUUAUUUACAUAUUUAAACAAAUUGGCUGGUUGUCAUGGCAUUGGUCGUGUCGAUAUGGUUGAGUCAAGAUUUAUAGGAUUGAAAUCUCGUGGAUGUUAUGAAUCACCGGCGGCCACAGUAUUGCGUGCUGCACAUUUGGAUCUUGAGGGAAUUACACUUGAUGGGCAAGUUCGUCAUCUUAAAGAAGUAAAUCUUAGUAUUCCUUAUGGCAGAGUUCUUUAUAAUGGCCUUUACUUUUCACCUGAACGUGAAUUCCUUUCACAUUCACUUGAAUUCACACAACGUAAUGUCAAUGGUGAAGUUAAAAUCAAACUAUAUAAAGGUAAUGUCAUCAUUGAAGGCCGCAAAGCCUAUGGGGUAGGAUCUAAACUUUAUGAUAUGAGAGAAAGCUCAAUGGAUGAACAUGGUGGAUUGACACCUACUGAUGCUGGUGGUUUCAUUAAUACACAUGCUAUUAGACUUAGAAAAUGGGUACCAGCUGAUAAACAAUAA